AUGGCAGAAUCUUCAUCUGUUCAUGAUAUCUCCGUUCGUCAACCCCUCCUCACAAUAAAACCCCAACAAAACCUAAUCAUCGAUCUCACUCCCUUCGUCUAUGAGCCGUAUAUGCUCUAUGUGGUUGAAUGUCUCAAAUACUCACCACUUGUAGAUGUACUGACAAAGGUUGAAAUUGUGCCAAUGUCGUUCCUAUCUCACGUCUACUCCACGACGUUCUACGACAAAGCCAAUGAGCGUAUUCACUUCGAGCUUCACGAUGAGAAGGUCUCCAUCUCCAAGAGCCGAUUAUGUGCCCUAAUUGGUCUCUCACAAGACUCGUCUCUGGUAAACCCUGACUCCAUUACCACUGGCCAACUGUUCACCAUGUUUUAUCAAAUGCGGUAUACUGAAACCCUAACAACCGUAACAAAGUUCAAGAAGUCUUGCCUUCCUCCUCAAUGGAAUGUCCUAUUUACACUCUUGUUCAAGGGUUUAUCUGAGAGAAGUGCUGGAUUUGACGCUGUCAGCAAGGCCUUCAUGACGGUGAUGUAUGGGUUGUACAACUGGCUCAAUCUUGACUAUGGGACUAUCAUUUGGCAGCAGCUAGUUCAAAGUUUACUUUCUUCAUCAAAGCACUCAGAAAUUUCUUGUGGGCAGUUCUGGACCAUUAUCACCAAGUGGGCGAUGGAUCGCAAUCGCGUCCCAAUAAUGGCGGAUUCCUUAAUUUCUUCAAUCGCCACCUUUCAUACGACGAAGAUCAUCAUCACUGACCCCACAAAGUUUUCGUACAUCGGCUCCAUUCCUGAAACAAUGCUUGGUUGUAUCUCAGCAUCAAGCAAUCUUCUUCAGCAGUACAGAAAACGCAAGGCUGUUGGUCCGCGUGAGCUUACUCCUUCAAUGCUUCAUUCUAUUGAAGAAGCUGAUAAACCAGCCAAAAGGGGCAAGAAACCUGAAUCGCAAAAGGAGGGACCUGUAGCAAAACCAUCUAAGGGGCAGACCCCCAAGAAGAGGAAAACUGAUCAACCAGCUCCUUCUCAACCACAACCCAAAAACCAGAAGAAGCCUGCUAGGAGACUUAUUCUGCAAUCCUCAAGCGAUUUGGAUUCAGAAUAUGUUCCUCCUAAGCACAAGCACGCCCUAACUACAGAUUCUAAGAAUGAAAGUUCAGAUGAAGAGGCUUCGGGCCGAGGAGAUACUCCACUUCGCUCCCUAUCUCAAGACAUUCCAGUUCGUUCAUUGCCUCCUUCACCUCCACAUGCUACCAUUCGUGCUUCUAUCCCUCCUAUCUCUCAAACAACCACUUUUCAACCCUUCACUUCCAUACCAAUCCCUACUCCCAUCUUCACAGACACAACCUCUACCACCACUACAAAACCUACUUUCACUAUUCCCAAACCACCUGCUGCUGCUGCCAAGAAUGCUGCUACAGUUACUUCUUCUGUAGAAACUCUUCAACAGACUCUUCAGUCUGAAUGCUCGAAGGUUGAUGUAGCACGCAAUGCUAUUCAGCAGGCGAAUGAAGCGUUCCAUGCUAAUGUUAACGAACACUUAUCUCAACUACAAAAGGACUUAGCGAUGGAGAAUGGGCUUAUGGAUGAGCUUUCCAGACGCACUAAUCAGCUUAAACUGCAAACACAUAAGCUGCGAUCUGCUCAUGCUGAAAUUGAUGAUCUCAAAUCAGAGAGAGAAAUUAUAAGGACUUCAGCUGCAGACAUUCACUCCAUUCUUCUUCAUCUCAUUGAUGGUCAUGAUACCCUUGUUACUACCACCACCCGACGGCAUCUAGCAGACAAACUCCGACCGGACCUAGACGUCCUUAGUCGUAUCGAGGGUGUUCCGGUGGCUGGGGUCCAACCGCAACAAGGGGGAGAGAAAGCGUUCAAGCAAGAGAAACAAGAGAUGAAUCAACCUCGUCCAUCUAGCUCCAAGCCAGCUGCUGAACCGAAGGUUAAUGAAGCUUCGGUCAGUAACAAGGAGAAGAAAAAGAAGAAAAUCGGUGAAGAUGAUACCGACAACGAAGACGAUGUCUACUUUGAAGUCCCAACAAAGCUUGUCCCAAAGGAAGCUCCUUCACAAAAACAAACUGAAGAAAUUUCAAUGAAGCAGCGAGCUGAGCUAGAAAAGAAGCGAAAGGAGCCCUGA